UACACGGAACACGAUCUUAUCAAGCCCUAUGCCAUGAUCUGUCCCACUGUUUGCCUUCAAAGAGUCACAGGCUUGCAAGAACAUGUUGAGUCAGUGAAUGAGAUUGAUUAAACAACUGGAUAUGGAGAUGAACACGCUGAUGUUUGGUCCGGACCUCUCCACGUCCUACUCUGAUUGUGAUCAUUCAAGUGUGAUGCUUAAGGCCAUGUUUAACCUUUGGCAGGACCGGAAAUACUGCUGACGUCACAAUCCAUGUCGGCGAGCAGAGUAUAGAAACACAUAAACUUGUGUUGAGUUCCAUGUCAGAAUACUUCAAGAUUCUUUUACAAAUGGAUGGGAAGGACAAGACUGCAGUGGAAUUACAUGAUAUGGAUUAUGAUAGCCUGGAAUUACUCCUACACUAUGCUUACACCGGAAAUGUCACUAUCACAGAUCGGAAUGUCCAAAGCUUGUUUGUCACGGCGGAUUAUCUCCAAAUGCUCUUUGUGAAGGAAUCCUGUGAGAAAUUCAUGAUUCAAAACAUGAAAAAAGAUAAUUGUAUUGCCAUUUUACAAUUUGCUGCAUUUUAUACCAUAAAUAAAUUGAAAGAAGCAUGUUCUGCUGUGAUAGGACGUGACUUGAAGUAUGCCAGUAAGUUGGACGAAUUUGCAGAAAUACCGUACGAUACCCUGCUGGAAAUCCUGACUAAUGAUCACUUGGUUGUAUUCCAUAACGGGUUUCCCAUGUGUCAUUCUCAAAACGAAAUGACCAUUUUAGGGGCAGCUCUUAUGUACAUCUCGGGACAGAAACGGUCAAAACUCAGCGAAGGGAAAAUUUACAAGCUUCUUACAGCCGCUCGAUUGUCAAAAGACAACGCCUCUGAGGAACUGCAGGAGUUGGCGAAACGUUACAAACAUCUUCUACCCAAAGAUUACGACCCGAUGGCUUUGGCUGCUGCCUCAGGUGUAGAAAGGAGUAGAACUGACACUUCAUCACAUAUUAUACCCCACCGGCGUGGGUUUAGUAUUGGCGGGGAAGUGCAUCCGAUUUGCCGAUAUUUUGAUGGAAGAAGGGAAAAGAUACACUACGAGACCAGUGGACUGUCCAAGAUGAUCUUCGUCACCAGGUUAUGGGAUGGCUGGACAGUCGUUGGUGGUCUUCACGUCUUUGACGGUAAAUGGAAUUUCAAUGGUUUGAAACCUGGAGAGAAGGGAGCUUGUGACUCCUAUACAGUAGAACUGAAUAGUUCAGAGGUGAUUGUGAAGAUUAUUGUAAGAUGUGGAUGGGUGAUAAAUUGUUUAACAUUGGUCACCAGCAGUGGGAGGAAGUUAGGACCGUACGGCGGGGAUGUAGGAGGUGAUGUUCACGUCGCCGUACCGCCGAGAGACAAGAAGGGGUUUUUACACAGUUUCUCAGGAGCUGAAGUACACAGCCAAGGAUGCUUAACAAUUACCUGUCUGGCUAUAAAUUGGACAUGUUUCACCCAGACUUAGAUUCAGCAUGCCUUUUUAUGCUGACUAUAUGUUAUUUGUUCUUUUAAGAGCAAUUUUAUGUGUGAAGAUAAUGAACGUGCAUGUGAUUAUUAGUAAUAUUUGAAUCAACAUGAUUAAAAAAAACCCAUUAACAAUCGAUUA